UAUAUUUAUCUCUUUCUUUACACUCUACACGUACUGUCCUCCCAUCUCCUCUCCACCCCUACAAGGAUCCUUGCGCUGCUCUGCUAGGCGCUAAGGAUUUUUUUUUUUAGGGUUUCAUCCCUGGGCAUCGAAUUGGGGAGAGGAGGAAGUGCCACACGGGUUUGCAUCAUUGUUAGGGUUCCAAUUGUUGCCGGAUCUGUGCUAUUUAGAUAUCGAUAAUUGCAUCAGCAAUUUUCUUAUUUGUACGUUGGUAACUUCAAAGUGUGUAACCUUUUGCAUUCUACCCGCAUUUGCUUUUUGAUCCCGAUCUACGCCAGGUUUGGGGUGGAUUGGAAUCAAUGGAGAACAUGAAAGUGGCUUCCACAUCGCGAAACACUGGAAAACAAUCAUUCCUUCCCCCAAAAUCCCCUUUUCCUAGCAUUGCUGCUCCGGCUUAUGCAGACUAUGGGUCGGUUGGAUCAAGACGGGCACCUAAGCUUAGAGAGGGCAAUAGGUGCCAUCAGCGCACCUCUUCUGAGAGCUUUAUCAUUGAGGAGCAGCCUUCUUGGCUUGAUGAUUUGCUUAAUGAGCCUGAGACUCCAGCUCCAGCAAGGAGAGGUGGUCAUCGCCGGUCAUCAAGUGAUUCCUUCGCCUACUUGGAUAAUGCAUAUUCAAAUAUGGACAAUUUAACUCAGGGGGAAUGCAGGGGGAAGACUAUAACUUCUAUGCCUUCCUGGGGUUCACAUGAAUUUGAUCAACUUAAAGAUAUCCAGCAUCAUUAUUUGGAGGGGAAUUUGUUUAGUAGAAAUUUGUUUGAUAGACAGCAGAAUAGAGUUUGGGAGUCAGCACUUAACGUGGGGAACUAUUCGAAGAGUGUUCCCAUUGCAAAUGAAAAAAAUCUGCAUUCAGGAUCAUUUGGUGGGACAUCAAAGGAACCUGAGGUAGUAGCGCCUUGUGCUGUUGAGAAGCUGGAGCAAGAAGAUUCUCCUAAAGAUUCAAAAAACUUCUUGGAAAAGAAGGAUACUUCUCAGUUUAAGAAUUCUCAGUCAGAGUUUGAUGCAAAGCGGGUUAAACAGCAAUUUGCUCAACGUUCCCGGGUGCGAAAACUUCAAUACAUCGCUGACCUAGAGAGAAGUGUACAGGCAUUACAGGCAGAACAGAUGGAAGUUUCAGCCGAACUGGAAUUUUUAGAUCAGCAGAAUCUUAUGUUAAACUUAGAGAAUAAAGCUUUGAAGCAACGACUGGACAGUCUGGCUCAGGAGCAUCUUGUAAAAUGCCUCCAACAAGACAUGCUGGAGAGAGAAAUUGCUCGCUUGCGAUCACUGUUUCAGCAGCAGCAGCAGAAGCUGCCCCAGGAGGUUCCUUCGCACCGUCGAAGUAACAGCAGAGACAUCGAUUCUCAGUUCUCUAAUCUCUCAAUAAAACACACAGAGGGCAACUCCGGAAGAGACCCAGUCACCGGCCUCCGCAUUUAAUUGCCACCUUACCUCACAUGGAUGUAAGGGAUGACUUAGGUUUCGUUUGGUACGGCUUUCUUUCUUCUUCUUAAAACAGCUUUUUAGUUGUACGAAAAAACUGAUUUAA